CGAUGGAAGUGCUCACGCUACUCGCGCUGCUCGGGGCAGCCGUCGCGCAGUAUCCCGCCGAGGACCCCACAUUCGAUAUCUUCACUGAGAGACGAUACUUGACGCGGAAGAAGUAUCGUCCGCUCUACCACAUCACCUGCCCUAUGGGCUGGCUCAACGAUCCCGCCGGCUUCGUCAAGUUCCGUCAGCAGUACCAUAUCUUCUACCAGUACCAUCCAUACAACGGCGCGUGGGGCCACAUGAACUGGGGUCACGCUGUCAGCGACAACCUCGUCGACUGGACUUAUUAUCCGCCCGCGCUCGUGCCCAAGGAAUACUACGAGAAGCACGGCUGCCUCGCAGGCUCCGCGCUCGUGCACAACGACUACCUCACCCUCUUCUACACGGGGAACGUAGUCAUCAACAACAAGACGCAUCAGAACCAAAAUGUUGCGAUCAGCUCUGACGGGAUCGUAUUUCAGAAGUAUCUCUACAAUCCGAUUAUAAAAGCAUCGCCGUACGGUAACGACGGAGAGUUUCGAAAUCCAAAAGUGUGGAGGUUUCGAAACUCGUGGUACAUGUUGGUGGGUGUGAUGUCGCGGCAACAACAGGGGCAGCUGCUGCUGUACUCCUCGCCGGAUAUGUUCCAUUGGAAACUGAACGGAACGGUAGCACAAUCCUACGGAGACAUGGGUUACGUGUGGGAGAACCCGGAGUUCUUCGAGAUCGACGGGCAGCACGUGCUUAUAUUCUGCGCGCGAGGUGUCCAAACAGACGGAUAUCGGUUCCGAAAUUUGUACCAAACGGGAUAUUUAGUUGGAACGUUCGAUUAUUUAAGUGGGCAGUUUGAUGAUGAGUUUGAAGUGUCGACGGCUACGUUCAAUGAGCUGGAUUAUGGUCACGAUUUUUAUGCUCCCCAGACACUUCUAGAUGACGAUGGGAGACGGCUAUUGGUUGGAUGGCUUGGCAUGUGGGAGAGCAGCUUCGAAGAGUCCAAAGAAGGUUGGGCGAGUAUGCUUACGUUAACUCGCGAGCUGAAAUUAUCUUCUCGAGGUCACCUUCUUAUGACGCCUGUCAUAGAAGCGAUGGAACUUCGAUCAGAGAUUUUGGAAGACGCAUGGUAUUCUCCAGGGGAAGCUUUCUACGCGGGCAGUAAAGCCUUCGAACUGAUAGUGAAUUCUACAGCGGGCGCGAACGACGCAUCGAUUAUUUUCGAGUGGAACGGCGAGAGGAGAUAUGUGGUGGAGUAUAGUGCUAAGAGAGGGUAUGUGAGUGUGAACCGCGGAGGUGAGGACGGAAUGCGGCGGGCAGACUGGGCACCGCCCUCCGACCUCGUCCACUGGCGCAUCUACGUGGACUUUAGCUCUAUAGAGGUCUUCUGCGGCGGAGGAGAAGUAGUAUUUUCCAGUCGUAUUUACCCUCGUCGAGCGAUCCGCGUGAGGAUCGGCGGCGAUACUCAACUACAUGUGGUCCAGUACCGGCUCCGGCGAAGUAUCAGCUACGACACACGAAUUCGAAAAAAUCUCCCCUUCCCCAGCGUCAUACAGCCCCACCAGGUGCAAGACAUGGGAGGAUUAAAUCGAAAGAAGAGAUUUCGAAACACAAGGUCACAUAAAACCACGAGAACAGACGCUACGACGGAAAAAGCACCAAUGUCAUUUUCACUUGUUUAGGUACACAUUAGUUUAGUUUUAGAUAUAUUUCCACAUUCUCAUAAAUGAUACUGUAGAUAAGUUGAAUAGGCAAUGUUAUUUGUUACAAUACCUAUUCAGCGACUCUGAAUGGCGCAAGUAUGUCUUCCAAAAUUGUUUUCUCGCAAAAUACCUACCUAGCUUUAUAAUUUCAAAGGAGAUAGCAAAAUCGUUUGACGCUAUUUGAGACAAGGGAUCCUUAUUUAUUUUUUAACCUUCGACGCCCACACAAGCGAGCAGCGGGCGGGAAAUAUAUUAGAAUCACAUUAGAAAGUAACCCUCGACUGUAAGAUAAAUCGAAGCUGUGAUACUUGCUCUCCCUUUUUCAACUCAAAUAGUGUGCUGUAAAGUUCAAAUUAGUAUUAAACCUCGAACAAGCUUGCUGCGAAUA